UUUCAUAGAAAUCUUCUCAAUAUCAACGGUCCUGCCCAUUUGAUCUUGCAGGAACUAGAAUAAAAGAAGAACAAACAUGAACACCAGAGAAGUUUUUGUUUGAUGAAUCUGUGGAUCUACUGCUUCUUAGAUCUCCAUCGUUUUCUUUUGGUAGCAUUCAGUAGCUGUCCGAACUGAUCGAAUAACCUAAUUGCAGAUUCAUCGAGAUAGUUGACCGAAAUAUGCAAUUACAGGAGCCGGUUAUCAGAUUGAGGAGUUUUGCUGCUUUGAAUUCUUGAUGAACUUUCUGAGGGCUUGCUGGCUGCCAUCCUCGGCCAAUAUCGUACACAGCGGUUCGGAUUCAGCAGGUCGUCGUGAAGGCUUACUAUGGUACAAGGAUAUUGGACAGCACAUGAAUGGUGAAUUUUCAAUGGCUGUUGUCCAGGCUAAUAACUUGCUUGAGGAUCAAAGCCAGAUCGAAUCGGGUUCAUUGAGCUUGGUCGAAUCCGGGCCAUAUGGAACCUUUAUUGGUGUUUAUGAUGGUCAUGGUGGACCGGAAGCAUCAAAUUACAUAUAUGAUAAUCUUUUCCAGCAUCUAAAAAGGUUCACCUCAGAACAACAAUCAAUGUCAUCUGAUGUGAUAAAGAAAGCAUUUCAAGCUACAGAGGAAGGGUUCAUUUCUUUAGUGACUAAACAAUGGCAAAUGAAGCCCCAAAUUGCAGCUGUUGGUUCAUGCUGCCUGGUUGGUGUGAUCUGUGGUGGCACCCUUUACAUAGCCAACCUUGGCGAUUCCCGUGCCGUGCUUGGAAGGGUCAUGCGUGCAACGGAGGAGGUUAUCGCCGUGCAGCUAUCAGCUGAGCAUAAUGUGAGCAUAGAAUCUGUCAGAAGGGAGAUGCAUUCUCUGCACCCAGAUGACUCGCAUAUAGUAGUUUUGAAGCAUAAUGUAUGGCGAGUAAAGGGCUUAAUACAGGUUUCUAGAUCUAUCGGUGAUGCAUAUUUAAAGAGGGCGGAAUUCAACAGGGAACCCUUGUAUGCUAAGUUUAGGCUUCGUGAACCAUUUACUCGACCGAUAUUGAGCUGUGAACCAUCAAUUUCGGUGCAUGAACUUCAACCACAUGAUCAAUUCAUCAUAUUUGCCUCUGAUGGCAUGUGGGAGCACAUUAGCAAUCAGCAAGCUGUAGAUAUUAUUCGAAAUCACCCCCAUAAUGGAAGUGCUAAGAGGUUGGUAAAAGCUGCUAUGCUGGAAGCAGCUAAGAAACGAGAAAUGCGGUAUUCAGAUUUGAUGGAAAUUGAUCGUGGUGUACGCCGCCAUUUUCACGACGACAUCACUGUCAUAGUUGUAUUUCUCGACUCUAAUCUUGUAAGCAGAGCGAGCUUCGGACAGCUGCUGUUCGAUACUGUGAUCGAUGUCGAUGGAAAUACUAUUAAUCUCGAGGCACUUUAAGCUGACACUCUCAAACUCAACGGUAUCCAUCCCCACGCGAAACUUCCCAAAUUUGAUACCUUCAAUGCUCACCAGGCUCUCAGAAUGUUCAAACUCCAUGGAUUGCUGCCUGAGGAGCUUCCUGGUGCUGAAGUUGUCAGCUUCAUGAAGAGCUUCCUGUAGCUCGAGGCAUACCCGAGCCAUGGUUGGGCGGUACUUAGGCUGGUGUGAAGUGCAUUUCAGGCCAAGUUGCCCCAUCUUUAGCAUCACUUCCAUGUUGCAUGGCUCGGAAAUAAGAUUUACAUCCAAAAUCUCUUCAACUCUGUCGUUUUCUAAGCUCGGUCUUGCCUGCAAUUUCAGAUAGAAUGUUAGACGAAAAUUGAGACUAGAAAUGAUGUGACAAAUGAAAAAGUUCAGACAAGUAUUUUUUAUA